CGUCAACUCCACGAAUCACUCUUUCAACUUCGAGCUCGACGAGCGAGCUACACCGACCCGAGCGCUCCCUUAGCGUUCUAUUUGCUUAUCUCUCAAUCGCCGCCACCGUGAAAUCCUAUGGCAGAGGUAGCCAUCCCGGCCGGGUUUUCAAUUGCCUGGCUUGUGCUGAGCCUCGUGGGUUGGUAUGGCAGCUGGCGGAAAGGACUUGAACUCAUCCACCAAGACCUUCUUGCCCACAGAACCAUCAGCAGGGAUAUACGAACCUAUUUGGACACUCUUCAAAGCCAAAAAGACAAGGUUGAGGCAUGGCGGAAGUUGUGGUGUAUACCAGAACCCGAACCCGAGGCACCGGAACCCGAAACCCGAGGAACAAAUGCAAAAAGAAAGAAGAGGAAGGGACUACCGAUUUUUGAAACGACACUUAAGGGGCCACCCGAUGAGUUCUUCCUACUGCUCUGGGGCGAGGCAAAUUACGAAAUUAUCAAAGAUCGUCUCGAAACCAUAAAAUCUCUCUUUGAGGGGAGGGAACACAACUUAAAACGAUACAUCGGGCGGACGGAGGAUGACUGGAAACAGAUGUCCAAAACUCGCCGGGCGUAUUUGAAAAAGAGAUUUGUCUAUUGGGAUAAAGUUAUAUACUCUUCCCCGGACACAGUUGAAGGAUUCGCGUCUGCCUUGAAACGCAUCGAGGAGGUAGCGAAAAAGGGAUGGAAAGAGCAGAGCCGAAAAAUAAUCCGAAGUCUCGAAGCAUCAGAUCAUGAGAUAGGGAGACUGCGCAACCUUCAUCCAUACCACGUCCUGAUGGCACACUGUUUGGCAAAGAUUGCCGUUGGACAUGACGGCUCUUCUGACGCUGAGCAAUUACGAAGGUGCGGUCAGGAGGACCGAAUACGACAGAGUCUUGCUAUUGUCAUAGAUGCCGACAUCUUCAAGCUCGCCGCUUCGCCGUCUGAUGGAGACGACCUCAAAAAUGCUCUGGAAUAUGUCGCCGACUUGGAUAACAUCCGGUGGAAGGUAGAUUUACUCCUACGCGAGUCAAAUCAACCAAACGAGCAGUUUGUCAGGGUUGAGUUCGAGAGGUACGCUGGAACGGAGCCACCGCCUGCGUCAAGGAUAUCAGAUGCUUUCAAUAUGGUCGUUUUACCCCAUAAUGACAAAGCCUACUUCAGGGCAGAUGUGCCUUCGCCUCGAUAUUUCGAGCUCACGAAAGUGCGUCACGAAGAAUCUGGACCACGGCUUCAAUCGACCAUCCAAGACCGCUUGGCUACGGUUGUAAACCAGGGACCACCUUUGGCGACGGAUCUCAACUCAACUCCUCCCAUCAGUGCAACCCGUUUACUACCUGAAGUUCCAACGUAUCGGGCCGCCUUUGAAUUAGCUCAGGCUACACUACUCUUCUUGGGGACAGGCUGGGUUGGAGACCUAUGUCGAUGUGCUGUUCGAACGGGAACAGGGGUUGGACCAACCUCGCAAAUUGGACUCGACAUAACCUUUCGUAUCCACGCAGCACAAACUGGGCAGGCCGCAGCUCCCCAGCCGGGGGUUGUGCCGACCAGCACAGCAGUUGCCUGUCAGAAUUCGUGGUGUUCCACCAAUUACGACUGGGACUCUAUGAAUAAACCCCCUCGCCGCCUUGGUCUCUGGCUAAUCGAGUUGGCUCUGGGUACUGUUAUCGUGCCUUCGCAACUAUCUAAUCCGAACAAUCAAACCCGCGGAGCGCAAAAGGUCGAGAGGAUAUCUGUCCUAGUCACGAGAACGCCCGCACAGGCGCCACAAGCCGCCACAUACGCAUGGGAAGAUUUCACCCUAGACCGAGUGCUGUCAAUCGCCAAGCGGCUAUCAUUUAAUGACAACGAUGAUUUUAAGCACGCCGUAGAGUAUUGCCUUACGGAGGAGUUUCCGCAAUCUCCUAAUGACAGUGAGCGCGAACUUCAUCUGAAGAAAUUUUACUUCAGGGUAGUCAAACCACUACGGGACAUGUAUGCGAGCAGGUGCAACAGUGGUAACGAUCCUGAGUAUUAUUUGAAGGACAUGGUGGUUUAGCUACGCCUCCAUCAAGGUCCUACAUAAGGCGAGCCCUAUCAUCAAGAACACAUUGCGAUGGAUCCCUUACGGUCAAUUUGAUCAGGGUGUUUAUGUUGGGAUGAUGAUGAUGAUGAUUUCUUGGGCCCAGAUGGACCAGGACGGUCAGAGGGGGGGUUCCUGACACGGUUGGGGGAUCAUGGGCUCGUUAGUCGCUAGCAGGGAGGCCUCGGGGCUUAAAGGGAGAGGUUGCUGCUAAGGGAGGGGGAAUCAUGGCGUUUUCUUUUAUUGAGAUGUUUCCUAGAAGUCAGAGAGACCUAGAGAGCUCGAGGCUUAUUGUCAGAGUCAAUAAUUUUGCUGCUUU